AUGGAAAGCAAGUCAGGAAUCUCAGAUGAGGAGAAAGUUCAGAUAUUCCGCCGUUUACUGUCACAGGCUCCACCAGGGGAGUUCAGUGAAGUCUUUAACGAUGUGCGGACGUUGCUGAAAAAAGAUUCUCUGCUGCGUGACCACAUCUCAAAGGCCGCAGCCCAGUAUAACCUGGAUCAGUUCAUCCCUGUGGAAGUAAAGAACCAAAAUGUCCUGCUAACUGAAUAUGGUGAUCUUGGGAAGGGUUACUUCCUGGAUCCGGCUCGUAAGAUUUCCUUUAAGGUCAAUCACAUGAGUAAAGAAGCUUCUGAUGUCCAGACGUACGCAGCGCAGGCUAACAUGGAGACCUGGAGGAGUUCAGUGGAGAGCGUGCUCACUGCUUACGUAAAGGAUCACUACCCAUAUGGAGUGUGUACUGUAUAUGGUAAAACAUUAAAUGCAGGAAAAGCCAUCAUCGCAUGCAUCGAAUGUCAUAAAUAUCAGCCAAAUGUCUUCUGGAAUGGCCUGUGGAAGUCUGAAUGGAAAUUUGUCCUCUCCCCACCAUGCACUGAAGUGACAGGCACAAUUAAAGUGCGGGCUCACUACUUUGAAGAGGGUAGCAUUAGCUUGAUAAGCAGCUUUGAAGUGAAUGAGAAGCUCUCUCUGACGAAUGAACUGGAAACAGCCACCAAUUUUGUGAAACUUAUCGAAAAUGCUGACAAUGCAUUCCAGGUAGACUUGAUGGACAAUUACCAGAAGUUAGACAUUCUGCUCAAGGGACUUCGACGUCAUCUUCCAUUUACUCGCACGACCCUUGACUGGAACAAAGUCAUCAACUCUAAGGUUGUCAAGGAGAUGGAUCUGGGGCAAGGGCAAUGAGGUCCUAAAUCCAAAACGUCUCUGAACUUUAAUCGAGGAUCGCACAUUCCAGCAUUAAAUGUUAUGGU